GGGCGGGGCGUGGUGCGGCGCUGAGCGCGGCGCAGGGCGAGCGGCGGCAGUGCGCGGCGUCGCUUCUGCCGUCUCCGCCGCCCCGGCCCGCCGCCGCCGCCUCCUCCGCCUCGGCAUGAGGAAACGCAACGAGUCGGUCACGGUGGAGCAUGAGCGCGCCGCCGCCGCUCCCGCGCCCCUUGACAAGGGCUGCAGCCUGAGGCACAGCCUGCGCCUGCCCGCCGCCGCCGCCACCGACGUCGACGCGGGCAUGAAGCGACCGCUGGGCAGGCGAUACGGAUUAUGGUUUCGAUUGCGGAAGUUAAUAAUCUGGUUGCUGGGAGUGUACAUAGCGAUUCCAUUUCUAGUAAAACUUUGCCCUGCUAUUCAGGCAAAGCUGGUCUUCCUAAACUUUGUGAGGGUCCCAUAUUUCAUUGACUUGAAAAGACCACAGGAUCAAGGUUUAAACCACACCUGUAAUUAUUACCUGCAGCCAGAGGAGGAUGUAACCAUCGGAGUCUGGCACACGGUCCCUGCAGCUUUAUGGAAGAAUGCGCGAGGGAAGGACCAGUUGUGGUUUGAAGAUGCUCUGGGUUCCAGCCACCCUGUAAUCCUUUACUUGCAUGGCAAUGCGGGAACAAGAGGAGGGGAUCACCGUGUGGAGCUUUACAAGGUUCUCAGCUCCCUUGGGUACCACGUGGUCACGUUUGAUUAUCGAGGCUGGGGUGAUUCAAUAGGCAGCCCGUCAGAGAGGGGAAUGACCUACGACGCCCUUCAUGUCUUCGACUGGAUAAAAGCAAGAAGCGGAGACAACCCUGUCUAUAUAUGGGGUCACUCCUUGGGCACGGGGGUCGCAACAAAUCUAGUGAGGCGCCUUUGUGAGAGAGAAACACCUCCGGAUGCCCUGAUACUGGAAUCUCCAUUCACCAACAUACGGGAGGAGGCACGAAGUCACCCCUUUUCUGUGAUAUACAGAUACUUCCCUGGGUUUGACUGGUUCUUCCUUGACCCCAUCACGACAAGUGGAAUUAAAUUUGCAAACGAUGAGAAUGUGAAAUACAUUUCCUGCUCCCUGCUCAUCCUUCAUGCUGAGGAUGACCCGGUGGUACCGUUUCAUCUGGGAAAGAAGCUUUACAACAUCGCUGCGACAUCACGGAGUUUCCGAGACUACAAGGUGCAGUUUGUUCCGUUCCACACAGACCUUGGCUACCGGCACAAGUACAUCUACAGGAGUCCAGAGCUACCUCGAAUACUGCGGGAAUUCCUGGGAAAAUCUGAACGUGAGCAUCAUCACUGAAGACUGGCUGCUUGGCAGCACAGAGGUUUUCCUUUCUUUCCUUCCUCUCUCUCCUUUUCGUCCCUGCUCCCUGUGGGUCAAUCUGCCAUUCUUCCAUCCCUGGCACUAGAGGAGGUCAGGGAUUCCCACUCCGGUCCUGAUGUGUACCCUUGGCAACUCCAGCUCCUGGCAUCAGCAUCUGUGAUGGUAGAAGAAAGAAGUUGUUGGCUUCUUUUUUGACAUGGAUGGAGGGGUGAUAACAGCCCGGGAGCCAGUACCAAACCGUGAAAAAUGUAAGCACAACAAAGCCUGGCCAAUCCAGCGUGGUACCACUGAGGACAGACAUUCCUAGGACACGUGUGUCAUGACCAAGGGUGUUUCUUUCACUUUUAAACACUGCUGCUGUUUUUGGAUCACAUAGAGACUCAUUUGUAGGCGAAUGGCUUUUGCCGUGUCUCCAUACCACAGUUGUCUUGCUUGAGUUUGAGGUGUUCUCUUUCUAGGAAAUACAUGUUUUGCCUUUCCUUUUCGCUAAGUGGCUGUAAUUACAAACACACAGAAGGUCCAGGUGGUGAGAGAUAUUUUUAUUUAGCUCUUCAGUCACAAUGUGUUGCAAGUGUUGGGCUAAUUGCACACAUUUGGAAAUAAAAUGAAAGAUUUUUUUUGUUCUUCCUUUUCAAACAUCUAUUUAAUGGAAAAGGUCAGUGCCCUUUUAUCUUUUCUGUACCCUUUUCCUUCUCAACAUCAUUUCUGCUCCCAUCCCUGCUAUCCUCUGUGGAGCUCCUCCCCUUCUUCACAUGCACUUCCUAUUAGGACUGAAGUGACUUAUGUAGAUAAAUUGCAAACUUGGGAGUUUAAGCUGGAAACUGUGAGAUUACUUUUUGGCUUGAUCUCCCCCUUCCAUGAACAAUGUGGGCCCAGGAUGUGGGAAUGGAUGUCUUCCAUUCUCCCUGUACACACCCAGACAGACAUGUGCUUCCUUUGGGUGGGAAGGGCAGGGUUUUUUCCUCAACUACCUUUUAACUCCUUAGGUCAGGUUUUCCUGUUCCUGGUGGCUACACUGUUCCUCUGUAGUUAAAGCAGGCAGUGGUAUGUAGUUCUUGAUGCAAAAAUAACAGUCUGGGGUGUCCCUCCCCAUCUCUCCCUCCACCUCCCUUCUGGGCUUCCCAGGCACUUCCAGUAGCACUUCUCAGCCCAUCUCACAGCCAUGGUUGGAGCAUGUUGUCCAGGAGGCAGAAGUGGGAAUGAGCCUCUCCCGUGGGGAGAGGUUCUGGGGAUGUCCUUGCCCUGCUUGGGGCUAGAACAGGGGCUGGUUUAUGCCACCGAUGAGCUCUGCACUGAGACAGAAGAGGGUCAUGUGCUGACUCCGUAGUGUCUGGCUGGGGACCUGGCCCUGCCCCCCAUCAAUCUAUAUAGAGAAUACCAGGUGCUGUAGGUUUAGUCACUAGUGCUCAGAGUGAAUUGUGCUGCCUGAAGGGUCUGUUCAGGGGUGUACAGCGUAGUAUAAACUGCUCAGCAUGCAUCCAAGUUAUAUCUGCAGGCUCAUACUAGUUGCAAAGCAGACAGUAGCUUGUUCUUGUACUGAGAUUCUUCUGCCAUAGCGUGGUUGUCCCUGAGGUUUCUGACCCAUGAUACUCAUAAGCUAACUGUGCCACUUAAAUUAUGUUUGAUGCACUUGUAUUUAUUGCACUGACAGAAGAGAAACACUUACUUGGCUCUGGAGAGUGAUGUGCACAUUCCAGCUAACGCUGCUGGCAGCUGGCUUGGGGCAAAGCACAGCCUGAGCCAGAGGCUGGCUGGCUGCCUUCCUCCCGUGUGACAGAGCUGAGGGUCCAGCAUGUGAACUGCUGGUGUUGGUGAUCCCAGCACCAUCAUUCCCGUUAGUAGGCCAGUGAUAUGCUUGGAAAUUUAAACUGAAAUGUUUAUCUAAAAGUGGUGUAGUUUUAAUAAAGGCAUUGACUGCUGAUCACUUCAGCUUCA